AAGCACACGCUGAACGUUGGACCUGGUGCUAGGCAGGGGCUGGGAGUUCAGUGAGUCGGCUCUGCCCAGAGAGGGGCUGGUGGUGCUCUGUGGGAGCUGCUGCUGAACAAUCCCUCAUUGCUGCAAGAUGACUAAUGUUGAAAGACUGGUUCAGGAGGUGAAUGCAGGCCGGUGUGUGGGCAUCCAGAUAACCAACAACACCAGAGACGUGAUCCUUGAGUUCCCCAGGAAUUAGUGUUUCAGCGGCUGGUGCAUGAUAGAGCUUGUGCCCCAGAUCCCUCCCGGCUCCUCGGGGAGCUUCCUGUUUGUGAAAACAAGAUACACAGCCCGCGGGAGCGUCGGGGUGCUGAGCUACAUGUCCAACGCCUUCACCCUGGCCAUCAUGUUCUCCAACCCCUUCGACCGCUUGCUCUAUGACAUGGAGUUUGCCCUCGAGCUCUUCACUGGCAGGAAGCACUUCCACAGCAUGGAUCGCCUCUACCACUACAUGUACAGCCACGACCCUCCCUACAUGUGCGACUCCUUCCAGAAAAGGAGGCUCACUGAUGCCAAGGAUGGCCAGCUGGAGGUGACCAGCCAGGAGAUCAAGGUGACGGCCACCAUGUCCAACCAGAAGAAGUCCAUCAUUAAAGUGCAGAUUGAGGACAGAGACCACUGCCCGUCCUACGCUGCCCAUGCAGCCAACCUGGAGGGCACAGAGGAAUGACCUAGUGCGACAGACGAGGGGGCUGUGGGUGGGAACUCCAGUAAAUAGUGACUCUUUCCCAGCCCCAGUGCACAGACACGUGCUAGCUCUGCUUGAGUUACCCACAGUGUGGCCACAGAGGCCUGUGCUGCAGGAGGAGCCAGCCACCCUGGGUAUGUAGCCUGAGCCGCUGCCCAGGACUGCUGUAUUUAUCGUACUAGUACAUGUCUGUCUACCCAGGCUGGGAGGCAUCCUCAGAGCUGCCUGGGGACGUACCCGCAGGAGAGCUGAGGUGACCUUGGCUUUGUCUGUGGGGUGAGGUGGCCCCAAACAGAGAUCCCUAGUCACCAGUUCUGCCUGCCUUUGCCCAGCCAGAUCACUAAAGUGUGAGGCCCCAAGGCCUAUUUUGACUAUCCAGUCUGACCUGGGAACAGCACCGGGCGAUCCCUGCCCCCAGCCCGACAGUUGGGGACUGAAGACGAGAGGCAGCCAAUCUGUGUAAAGCCGGUCGCCCUUCAUUUGGUUGUGGCCCAGAAUGCCCCUUUGCCGCGACAAGGCUUCCAGGAGACCCACAAAGAGAAACAUCUGCUGCCUGUUUAAAGUUGGGUUAAAAAUAAAGGAAAUGAUUUUCACUUCCUCCUGCAGGGCCGUUCCUCCAGGAGCCUGCCAGGGUUUUGUUGCUGUGUUAUAAGUGUGUGUGUGUGGGGGGGGUGUCCUUCCUUAUUUUUUAACCUUAGAAAGAACAGUGGUCACAAGACUCAUCUGUCCUGCUGUUGCUGGAGAGUGGGGCUGGGAGAGUCUGAGGAGGGGACCGUGAGCUGACUCAGCCCAUACUUGCGAGGCAGGACGCUGAGUCUUUAACGGAGAGAUCAUGUCUCCCAGCUGUUUGCAGGGCAGCCGAGUUAAAUAGGCACCAGUCAGAACAACGCGUUCUAAAGAAUCCAGUAACACCCACGCCCCUCUCCCUGGCCUGGCGGCACUUCCAAGCUGCCGGUGGUGGGGGGACUCUGCCAGCCCUGCAGCUUGCCAGGCAUGCAGACGGGUAGAAAAGUCCUGCCCUCGUGGGAAAAACAAGCUGAAGGAGAGAGACACCUUUAAACAUCAACAAAACUGCCAGGCCCCUGUGCCCAGCACCCCAAAAGGGGCACAACCGAACUGUAUCUCUCUGUGGGGCUCCUUUAAUGGCUGUAGCUGCUCCUCUGCCUGGCUGGGUUAUUUGUGGCAGGAGCCAUCAGCAGCCUGCUGAGAGGAGUGGCUCUGACAAGAGGUCUGUCCACCCUGGGGCAGGGAAGAGGUCUGAGCACUGGGGAAAGUGCUUGGGAAUGUCCCACACCCCAGCGACUGGGCUAUCAGAAAUGGGGAAGGGCCUGAUCCAACAGCUAGGGAAUGCAGUGGGGCUUUGCUGGUGGACACGCACUUAUGGGGUCCGGUGAAGGCAGGUCUCUUGGGUGAAGGGCAGCCUGGCUCCAUGCCUUGACCCGCAGGGAUUCUGCUCUUGGGGAUGGCACAAGGUUGGGGGCUCUAAGCCAGUGUCUCUCAACCUUUCCAGUCUACUGUACCCCUUUCAGGAGUCUGAUUUGUCUUGCCUACCCCCAAGUUUCAUCUCACUUUAAAACUACUUGCUUACAAAAAUCAGACGUAGAAAUACAAAAGUGGCCCAGCACACUAUUGCUGGAAAAUGGCUUCUUUUCUCAUUUUUACCAUAUAAUUAUAAAAUAAAUCAAUUGGAAUAUAAAUAUUGUACUCACAUUUUGGUGUAUAGUAUAUAGAACAGUAUAAAC